AUGGAGUCGAAUGAUUUUUCGUUUUCUUUAGUAUCCAUUGUUGAAGAUGUUCUUCAACAGCAUAUUACCAGAUCAAACGACGCUGGUUUGUUAUUACCCCGGAAACUCGAAGAAUCUUCUUUAAGAAGAUACGAAGCUGCUGCAUGGCUUAGAGAAACGCUCGGAGUCUCUAACGGUAGAGACUUCCCUGCUGAACCUUCUGAAGAAGAUUUUAGGCUUGGCUUGCGUAGCGGGAUCGUUCUUUGCAAUGUUCUUAACAAAGUUAAUCCUGGCUCUGUCUCAAAGGUUGUUGAAGCACCAGAUGAUGUUGCAGAUGGAGCUGCACUCUCUGCUUUUCAAUAUUUUGAAAAUAUAAGGAACUUUUUAAAUGCUGUUGAGGGAAUGGAUUUGCCAUCUUUUGAAGCUUCUGAUAUGGAGAAGGGAGGAAAGUCUAUUAGGAUAGUGAACUGCAUACUUGCACUUAAGUCUUACAACGAGUGGAAACAGAAUGGUGGAACUGGUCCGUUUAGGUAUGGUUCCAACAUGAAGAAUAAUUUUGGAUCUAGGAAACCAUUUUUGAGAAAAAGUUCUGAGCCGUUCAUGAGUUCCAUGUCUAUAACUCAUUCAUCAACUGAUCAACCUCUGUGUUCUGAUGGAGAUUCUAGAUCCAUUAACGCACUUGUUCGAUCAUUUAUUUCAGACAAAAAGCCUGAAGAUAUUCCAAGUGUUGUAGAGUCUGUGUUGAACAAAGUUAUGGAAGAAGUCCAGCAACGGUUAUCAAUCCACAAUGAAAUGAUGAAAUCAAGUUCAAAGCAUAUUCCAGAAGAUGUUUCAUCCUGCGAGACAGUGGUACCUUCUCAGCAGUGUGAGCAAGAUGAGGAAGCAGAAGAAAACAUACCGUUACAAGUCGAAGAAGAAAAUACUCAAAGGAUAGAUUCUGAACACUAUGAAGAACAGAAGAUUCUUCUACAUCAACAAAAACACAUCCAGGAGUUGAAGCAAACUUUAAUCACUACAAAAACAGGAAUGCAGUUACUACAAAAGAAGUAUCAAGAAGACUUCUUUCACUUAGGUAGCAAUCAUGUAAAUGGUUUAGCUCACGCGGCUAAGGGAUACAAAAGAGUUCUUGAAGAGAACCGCAAAUUGUACAACCUAGUUCAGGACCUAAAAGGGAAUAUACGAGUGUACUGUCGGGUUAGGCCAUUCUUGCCUGGUGAACCAACAAUGUUGAGUACAGUGGAACAUAUAGAAGAAGGGACUAUCACCAUCAGAGUGCCAUCAAAGUAUGGGAAAGAAGAACACAAACCAUUCAUGUUCAACAAAGUCUUUGGUCCUUCUGCAACACAAGAGGAAGUGUUUUCAGACAUGCAGCCUUUGGUACGGUCAGUUCUUGAUGGAUACAAUGUCUGCAUCUUUGCUUACGGUCAAACCGGAUCCGGAAAAACUUUUACCAUGACAGGGCCUAAGGAACUGACUGAAGAAAGCUUAGGUGUGAACUACAGGGCAUUAGCUGAUCUGUUUCUUCUAUCAAAUCAAAGAAAAGACACAACCAGCUACGAAAUCUCGGUUCAGAUGCUUGAGAUUUACAAUGAGCAAGUCAGAGAUCUACUUGCCACUGAUGGCCAAACUAAAAGAUAUCCUUUGGACUAA